CUCCUGGUGGGCGGGGACACAGGCGGGUCAUCUGCUGCUGUCUGUGAUCGGUUGAAGAUUUGAAAUACAAAACAACAGCCUUGCGUGGAUUUAACAGCUGUGGGGUUUUAUUUAAAGACCUAUCAAACAUUGAAUUUACCCGUGAUAUAUUUUCAUAUUGCGUCUCUACGAUGAUCUGCGACUGAAACUGAGAAACCAUAUCAGACUCAGCACCUGAGCCUCCUGCUGGACAAAGAAAAGAAAAACAGCAAAAACAAAGACCUUUAGGAAAGGAAAGGAGAAGCAGUAAUGUUCAGAACAAUAACUCGUCUACUCUUUGGUGGAGAGGAGGAAACCCCUCAAGAGGUCAAGUCUGGGGAAGUGUUGGAAGAAGAAUGGCAUGUUGUCAGCCAUCAAGAGGCAGUUUUAGCCGAGAACCAGGGUCCAGAGCUGACUGAAACCCAACAGACAUCAAACUCUCCCCCUCAUGGAGACACUGUUACACACUUACAAUCUGACAUCAGUGUGUUGGACCAAGAGACCACUGUUCAAAGUAGCAGCAGCAGCGACCCUACCAGCCGAGCCAUCGCAGGCUCUGUGUUACAUCCUAAAGCUUUGCUAGAAGUGACGCAGUUAAAUUCCAUACAGAAGGCUAAGACCUGGGCAGACCGACACCACAUGACUCGUAAUGCCAUUCAGCGGCAAAACCGUAUACGCCAAGGAGUCCAUCAUCACUCCUUCCCGCUCCAACAGCCAGGACAUCGCAACCUGAGCCACUGAGGCCCUGUUUGACCAACAGAAAAAAAUCGUCAAACAGACAUCAUAGUUAUGAAACAUUUCCUACACAUAUUAUGGGCUUGUGCAGAUUUAUCCAAUCUCGAUGUAACCCAUUACAACACUUGAACACUCUUACCCAGGUAGUAGGCAGCUACAUUUAAACUCGUACUGUAUUUAUAAUGAAGAUGUUCAUCUCAUGAAAUAAAAAACACUAUGUUCUAUUG